GGCGCCCGCGCCGCUCAGUGCCUUCCGAGCCGCCUUCGCUCCGCCUCCCCCGGAACGAGGCAUUACUUAGUGGCUUAGGGGGCGAACCCCACUGCCGGCGGCGCCCCGGGAAGCUGUAGGGGCCUCCGAGGCCAGAGCGCGGUAGGGCAGGAGCGCCGGAGCGGGGGCAGCUGGAGGGGGCCGCGCUGCUGCACCGAAACCGAAACCGCGGUGGCGACCCCGCGAAGGGGGGUGCGAAGGCGUCGCCACCGCGUGAUCCGGAGGUCUGACGGGUUCCGAGGUCCAGAAGCACGAGGGUGCUUGAUUUUGUUUUAAUUGCUAAGCCACAAAGACUGCAGCCAUGUCUCUGGAAGACAUCCACAUGAACACCAAGGAUUUGCAUGAAAAAAAGCAACUAGAUGCUGGAGGAUUUGGAACAAUUUCUUUAUGCUUUCACAAGAAACAUGGAUAUGUAGUAUUAAAAAAAGUGUAUACAGGACCACAGCGCACUGAGUACAAUGUUUCCCUUCUUGAAGAAGGAAGGAUUAUGCGCAGACUGCAGCAUGACCGUGUGGUAAAGCUGCUCGGCGUCAUUUUGGAAGACGGAAACUACUCACUUGUGAUGGAGUACGUGGACCGGGGCAACAUGAUGAAAGUGCUACAGAAUGUCUCACUACCUUUGUCAGUGAGAGGGCGUUUCGUGCUGGAAAUCACAGAAGGAAUGCUUUAUUUGCAUGAACAAGGCUUUGUACACAAAGACCUAAAACCAGAAAACAUCCUUGUGGACAGAGACUUCCACAUUAAGAUUGCAGAUCUUGGCGUUGCCUGCUUUAAGAGCUGGAGUAGGCUGACCCAAGAAGAAACUGUCCGACAGAAGCAAAUGAAGAGCGCUUACCAGAACAAUGCUGGGACUCUUUUCUAUAUGGCCCCAGAGCAUUUACGUUGUGUUAAUGCUAAACCAGUAGAGAAAUCAGAUGUUUACAGCUUUGGCAUUGUGAUCUGGGCAAUUUUUGCUAACAAAGAGCCAUAUGAAAAUGGUAUAAAUGAAACCCAGAUUUGCUUUGGCAUCAUGAAUGGAAACAGACCAGACGUAAAGGAGAUCAGUGAUAAAUGUCCAGUGGAAGUUAUUGACUUAAUGGAGCAAUGCUGGCAUCAAGAUUCAGAGAAACGUCCAACCUUUGCAGAAAUCAGUGAAAGAUACAAGCCAUUUUACUAUGAAGAACUAGGAAAAAAUAUUGAAGAAGAUCUAAAGAAUUUAAAAAAAAUGUGGCCUGAUUCAAACGAACUGCAGCAUAGCAUGGAGUCCCUUCAAAUAGAUGCUGUACCAGAAGACAGCAGCACUGGUCAAGUAGAUCAGCCUAAUUCUCUACACAGCUCUCAGGGUCCCAUGACCAGUGAGGUUAAUGAAGCCCUGUUUGCUGCCUCCCCUGAGAACCAGCCCGUUGAGAGCUGUGAGACCUCAUUUGCACCUCCUGAUAAUCUGGAAAGAAAACUUCAGCAUGAAUACAACUACCACGCCUUUGGGAGCCGGAUGGAUAAAGCAGUUCCAGCUGUGCUAUACAGCCCUGAAAUGAUAGAGGAGGAAAGGAGAAGGAGAGUUUCCUGCGAUCCGUUUGCAAAGCCAUCUCCUCCUUCUCAACUGAGUGAACUGUAUCCAAGAGCUGAAAAAACAGGAUCAAACACUAAUCCAUAUUUCUGGCCAGCUGCAACAACACCAAUGUGGGGAAAUUUAGAGGUCUUUUAUGGCCCCAAUCCCAACAGUCUUUCAACAGGAAACCUGGUGGAUGCCUAUGGAUUGCAUUCAGCCAAUAACUUUAGCCUAAGUAAACCUCCUGUGCCAGAAUCUGGACAAAACCUGAGGUCACCGACCAAUGUAAACUGGUUUUCGAAGAAUUCAGACACAGAUACAGGUUACAGGGAUUCCCCUUCUUUCACAAGGGGAACGUUUGCAUACUCUCCUAGUGCACCCAGAGUAAGCCCAGACGAUUCAAUCAAGUACAACAUAACUAACAGCUCUGGAAUUCAAAUUGGAUCCUACAAUCACAUGAAAAUUGAAGAGCAGAAUCCGCAUGUCAGCACUUGUUCUGUUGCUAUGGAAGAAAUUUAUACUCAUUAUGAAGCAGAGGGUGUAUUUGACAAUACUACUGUCCUGACAGAAAAGCAUUUGAAUCUAGUGAGAGAAAAGCUGGCUAAGCAGUGGAAGCACUGUGCUCGGAAACUGGGCUUCGGUGAUCCUGAGAUUGAUGAAAUUGAUCAUGACUACGAACGAGAUGGACUAAAAGAAAAAGUUUACCAAAUGCUGCUCAAGUGGGUAAUGAGGGAAGGUGCCAAAGGUGCUACAGUUGGAAAACUUGCCAAGGCCCUCUUUGGCUGCCAAAGACUGGAUCUCCUUAGUAGUUUGAUGCAAAUUCAAGAAGAAUAAGUCUACUGAGAACAGACUUUUCGGAGCUCUCCUUUUUGCACAGACUUUUUGGAACAUAUUUUUUUACCAACCAACCUCCAAUAAAUCACAAAGUUCAUGUCACAAUAUUUUGUCUUCCAAAGGAUAAAAAAAAAAAGCACCUUCCUUCCAAAUGGAGCAAUUGUCCAAAGACAACAACAACAAAAUGCAAGACAAAUAUCAAUUCAAGGAGAAUGCGUUACACAAAAUUUCUACAUUCUAAUCUUGAAAUAUGUUGGUAGUCUUGUUUCAUUCCGAAGAUUGACCUACUGAUUGAAAAACUUGUAUAGAAACCAAAUUCAACCCUUACAUUUUGCCAAAAGUGCCAAUAUUAUCAUGCCAAGUAUUUGACUGGUCGAAGUCAAUUCUACUUUUCAAAUAUUUUUAUAAUUUUUAUUAAAUAUAGAUGUAUAGAAUUAUGCAAAACAGCAGCAUAAAUAAAAGCAAAACCUA